AGGGCGCCAGAGCCUCCUGGCGGGCCCCCCGGCCCGCCAUGGCAGCGCGCCCCGCGCCCAUCGGGCGGCACAGCCCGCAGGUCCUGGAGGUGUCGGUGACCGAGCAGACUGGGCCGCUGCGCGGGGAGCAGGUCGUCAGGUGGCUGGCUGGCACGACGGGCACGGAGAGAGCCGCGGCGGAGGAGCUCCGCGGCGGCGGGCGCCAGCUCGACUGCGGGGCCCUGCAGCAGCUGGUCGGCGCCCUCACGGUGGAGGGCGCGUUUCCAAGGCUGCUGCGGCUGGACCUGUCGAACAGCCUGCUGACCGACGAGGGCUGCAUGCAGGUUGCGGGCGGCCUGCUCGCGCUGCAGCAGCGGCCGAUCGGCGGGCUCCGCUGUCUGCUGGCGUCCGGGAACCAGAUCGGGCAUGCGGGCGCGGAAGUGCUGGCGACCAGCUUCUUCUGCGGAGGCGCCUCGAGCAGCACCAGCCGCGGUGGCGCAGGCGGGGAGCUCACGCUGAGCCUGUCGGAGAACCCGCUCGGGGACCAGGGCGUCGCCGCCGUGGCGGCCGCGGUGCGGUCACAGGAGUGCCGGGCGGCGCUCCAGCUGUGCGAGACGUCGUGCGGCAGCGAGGGGUGCACCGCGCUGGCGCAGAGCCUCCACAGGAUAGCCGCGCUGGACCUCAGCUACAACACCGUGCCCACCGGGGCCCUGAACAUGCUGGUCGGCGCCCUCGGGCCGCCGCUGCGGCAGCUCGGCCUGUGCCGCGUGGCGCCCGGCGGCAGCGGCGGCCUGUUCCGGGGGUCCACCGUGCAGGCCCUGGCGGCCUCGCUCGCAGGCGACUCGCCGCCGCCGCUGGUGACCCUGACGCUGGCGGGCAACGACCUCCAGGACGCCGGCAUGCGGACUCUGGCGGCGACCCUGAGCGGCGCCUCUGUCGAGGAGCUCGACCUGGCGUCUAACCGCCUGCAGGACGGCAACCUGCUCGCGAAGGUGCUCGCCCGGGGCAGCCUGCUGAGCCUGAGCCUGGACGUAUGCAUUGCCCACCAAGGCCAAGUCGCCUGACGCGCCCCGAUGCUGCAGCUGCGGGUCGUCGGCGGUCGG